AUGAGCCUUACGGCAACUUUGCUAUUGGGGCUUAUAGUGCCCAUUGCUGUCAUUUCACACGACACUAAAAGUCUUUCGGUUUCAGUUCCUAUAUCUUCUAAAAUUCAACAAAUAACUUCUAGAUUUUCUCUCAACGGCGAUACAUCUUUCACUCAUAUGGUGUAUGAUAAAACCGGAAAUCAAAUAUUCGCCGGAGCUAUAAAUAAAAUAUAUCGUUUAGACGAAAAUUUAAAGUUGAUGGAAGAAGUGACGACGGGUCCGAAGCAAGAUAGUCCUUUGUGCCCUGCCAAGGGUUGCGAUUCUUCCGUAACGGAAAAAUUUUCAACGAAUAACGUUAAUAAAUUACUCAUCCUCGACCCCGAAUCAAAAUCAUUAAUUGCUUGCGGAUCCAUACUUCAGGGAGCCUGUGAAAAAUAUAACACUUCAAGCCUUUUCGUUCCUCCUAAAUUUAUUUCAUUAAGCGUUGCUGCCAACGAUGAAAAAUCAUCAACUUAUGCAUUUAUCGGACCCGAAAGUUACAAUUCUCGAAAUAGGAAUAAUGUUCUAUACGUGGGAACGACGUUUACGAACCACGGAGAAUAUAGACACGACGUUCCAGCCAUAUCCAGCAGGAAUUUGGACGAUUUAAAUUUCGCCGCGUUUUCGUUUUCGAAACAAUCUUUGCUCCGGAUAGACGUUAAAUACAGAGAUCAAUUUUUAGUUAAUUACGUUUACGGUUUCAAUUCGACCGAAUUCGCGUAUUUUGUUAUAGUUCAAAAACAAUCACAUUUACCGGGUCAGGAAGAAAAGGGUUACGUUUCUAGAUUAGCAAGAACGUGCAUAAGUGACGAAAAUUACGACAGUUACACGGAAGUGACUUUACAGUGCACGAUCAGGAGUGAAACGACGAAUAAGUUAGUAAAUUAUAAUUUAAUUCAGGAUGCGAAAAUAGGUGUAGCAGGUGCGGAUUUGGCGGGAAACCUAGGGAUAGACACGAAUGAAAACGUUUUGGUGGGAAUAUUCAGUCCGAGCAAAGGGAUAACAAACGAGCCGCAGUCAAAGUCGGCAGUUUGCGUUUUUAGCCUACAGGAAAUAGAAGCCAAAUUUACGGAAAACAUUCACAUGUGCUUUAAUGGAAGCAUCAGCGAUAGGAAUUUGGGAUACGUUUCGGGGUUGAUACUGGAUGGAAAAUGUCCGACUGCCGGGAGCACGGGAAACAUACCUUAUUUUUGCGAAGUCGGAUUAAAAAUUUCCGGCGUCGUACCAAUUAAAGGAGGAGCUUUUUUGCAUUUUCCAAACGAAACUCUAACAUCGGUAACCCUUGGAAAAACGGAAAGACACACCGUUGCCUUUUUAGGAACGAAAAAUGGACAUAUAAAAAAGCAUAAACUUCAUGUCAAUUUUUUUUUCUCUUUUUUUUUCCAGAUUACAAAAUUAAAAAUUGAACAUUGCGGAAGUUACGGUAAUUGUUCGGCUUGUUUGGAUGCUAGAGAUCCAUAUUGCGGUUGGUGUUCUUUAGAAAAACGAUGCAUAAUCAGGAGUGCAUGUCAAAAAGCAAGUUACAGUUCACCAAGGUGGUUAUCAGUGGGAGGAGGUCAACAGUGCAUCGAUUUCGAAUACGUUCAUCCUGAUAGGAUACCAAUUAAUCAAAUGACGACGGUUACUCUCGCAAUUAGAACACUUCCAGAACUUCCAGCAGGGGCCAAAUAUAAAUGCGUUUUUGGAAAAUCGCAUCCCAUAGAUGCAAAUGUCACAUCCACGGGCCUUAUUUGUUUAACUCCCAACAUAACCGAAAGGAGUUUUAUACCUGAAAACAUGGAUCACGUUCUCGUGCCUCUUUCCGUUCGGUCUUCUGAAACUAAUAAAGAUUUCGUGAGCAGGAAUUUUGCUUUUUACGAUUGCGGACGUCACACGACUUGUAAAAAGUGCGUAACGUCACAAUGGCAAUGCAAUUGGUGCGUGUAUCAAAAUCAAUGCACUCAUAACACCACAACCUGCCAAAGAUUGGGAUCCAUUUCACUUGAUCAACACAAUUCCGCGUUUCGAAAAACAAACGAGACAAUUUUUUUGCCAAAUAAGGUUUCUAAAGAAAUUGUUUUAGACGUUGAAAAUCUUCCUCAUCCUCAAUUCGUUCACGUGGGAUUUCUCUGUAUUAUUAACAUUGAAGGUGCUAAAAUGAUGGUUCCGGCCAGAGUCGAAAAGAAUCGAUUUGUCAUUUGUGAUAAGACAGUGUACUCUUACGAAGCCAAAAUGGGGGAAUAUAAAGCAAAUGUAACCGUAGUUUGGAAUAAAAACCAUCAUGUAGAUACCACUUCAGUAACUUUGUACAAAUGUAACAUUCUCGGGUCGCACAGGGAUCACCCAGAUUGUAGCCUUUGUGCUUCAAGUCAUUCACAGUAUAAUUGUACUUGGUGCGGAACCAGUUGCACGUAUAAAGAUUCUUGUCAACAUUCAUCUUUUGUUGAAUGUCCAAAGCCCAGAAUCGAUAUGGUAAAACCAUUAAAUGGUCCCGUUGAGGGAGGAACUUUGGUUACUAUAGAAGGCAGCAAUUUGGGUCUUAAAAGCGAAGAUGUCAAAGAAAAAAUUAGAAUCGGUAACACGACAUGUCAUCUAGUUGAUUAUGAAAUUUCCGUACGUAUCGUCUGUCGUACCGGUCCUUCUCUCGUUGGAGAAAGCAUCGUUCCUAUCACGGUUGGAAACAAAGCCGGCUUUACAGAAUCUUCCGUCCGUUUCAGUUAUAAGAAAGGAGUUUAUCCGGCGAUGGGACCUCAGAGCGGAGGAACUCAAUUAGCAAUAACUGGUAAAAAUUUAAACAUAGGCACAUCCAGUACAAGAUUAACUUGCAUCACUUCAAAAAAACUAACACUGUUCGUCGAUGGCGCCAACAGAACAUUCGACAAAUAUCCUUUUAAUUAUACAUUAGACCCGACAAUUUUGGAAAUAAAACCUUUGAAAAGUUUUGCAUCGGGAGGAAGAAUGAUAACCAUUCACGGAACAAAUUUACACGCAAUACAAAAACCUGAAAUGACCGUGCAUUUAGAUCAUGAAUUAAAUCCAAUAAACAAAUCAAUUUGUACUGUUAUAAGUUCGGCUCAAAUGGAAUGCCCUUCCCCCUCAAUAGAUCUCACACUCUUGGCAAAAAAUUUUAAUCGUUCCAAAGCAGAACGUGAAAAUGUUCCUAAAUGGGGACGAUCGCUCGUUAAAUUUCAUAUGACUCAAAUACCUCUUCAAAUUGGAUUCAUAAUGGAUAACGUUGACUCCAUAAAGGAUUUGGAAAAAUAUUUCCCGAAUUUAAGAUCUCAACUUUUAUACGUCACCGACCCGAAAUUUUUUGAAUUUCCCAAUACUAUAAAAUCUUACAAGGGAGACACUUUGGUCAUUGAGGGUGAAAAUCUCAAUUUAGCAAGCGAUGAAACCGAUGUUAAUGUUACGAUAGGCAUGGCGUCUUGUAAUGUUACUUCUUUGGCACUAACUCAACUGGUGUGUACACCACCAGAAAUACAACCUGAACCUACCGACGAAUAUGGAUUUAAAACCUCCACAAGCCUUCCGUUGGUUGUCGUCAGAGUGGGUAAAAUAUUAAGAUUUCCGGUGGGUUACCUUCAAUAUGAAGUAAUGAAACCCUAUUCUUUCUCACCUGAAGCAAUAGCAGGUAUAGUUGUUGGUACGUGCUUUGUCGUGUUUUUAUUCUUAAUCAUCCUUGUCAUUUAUCGUCGUAAAUCAACUCAAGCCGAAAGGGAAUAUAAAAGAAUUCAAAUACAAAUGGAUACCCUUGAAAGCAACGUUCGUUCCGAAUGCAAAUUAGCAUUCGCCGAACUUCAAACCGACAUAACAGAUUUAACGGCGGAUUUAGAGUCAACAGGAAUACCAACUUUAGAUCACAAAAGUUACGUGAUGAAAGUUUUUUUCCCCGGAGUGAGCGAUCAUCCGAUUUUGAACGAUCCGAAACCGCGGUCGAAUUGCCUACGUACGAAUUACGAUGCCGCCAUGUUUCAAUUCGAACAACUCAUAAACAAUAAAAAUUUUAUUUUAGUAUUCAUCGAAACUUUGGAAAAUCAAAAAACUUUUAACAUAAGAGACAAGGUUAGCGUUGCAUCGUUGGUAAUGGUGGUGCUCAUGAGUAAAAUGGAGUACGCGACAGACGUUCUUCGUAGUUUGCUUUUUAAACUUAUUGAUAAAUCCGUGGGAACGAAAUACCCUCAACUUAUGUUAAGAAGAACGGAAUCCGUAGUUGAAAAAAUGCUUACGAAUUGGAUGGCACUUUGCAUGUAUAAUUAUUUAAAAGAUUAUGCCGGUUCAUCUUUGUUCUUAUUGUACAAAGCUAUAAAACAUCAGGUUGAAAAAGGACCCGUGGAUGCCAUAACUCACGAUGCAAGGUAUUCAUUAUCCGAAGAACGUCUUUUAAGGGAACAAAUCGAUCAUAACAUUAUUACAAUUCAUCUCAUUCAAGAAGAUUUACAUUACGAAAAAAUUCCUUAUCAAACUUAUCAAGUACUACAAGAUGCGGCUUUGGAAGCAAAACUUCAAUGCAAAGUUCUCGACUGUGAUACAAUUAGUCAAGUGAAAUCGAAAAUUUUCGAUGCUCUAUAUAAAAAUACUCAUUUUUCAAUGAGACCCUCCAUACAGGAAGUCGAUCUCGAAUGGAGACACGGUCGAGGAGGUCAUUUAAUACUUCAGGAUGAAGAUCUCACGACGAAAUCAACGGGAACGCGAAAAAAAUUAAAUACUUUAGCUCAUUAUGGGAUAAAAGAUUCGGCCAUCAUGUCUCUCAUACCAAGACAACAGGAAACUUACUGCACUCAAUCUUAUCGUUUUAAAAAUUACAUAACGACAUCAUCGAAUCCACCAAUAAUUUUAUCAAAUGGGAUUUUAGAAGAAGAUUCCAAUUCGAAAUUUUAUCAUUUGGUCAAACCAAUCGACGAAAAUCAAUUUUUAAAUAAAAUGGGGCCCACUGAUAGAACGCACAAAGCCAUACCUGAAAUUUUUCUAACGAGACUUUUAUCGACGAAAGGAACGAUACAAAAAUACGUCGAUGAUUUUUUCACGACUAUUUUAUCGGCGGAUGAGGGUCUUCCCCCUGCAAUAAAAUGGUUGUUUGAUUUGUUGGAUGAUGCUGCCAAAAGGCAUUCGAUCGUCGAUCCGGAAGUUCUUCACGCGUGGAAAUCAAAUAGUCUCCCACUGAGGUUUUGGGUAAAUUUUAUAAAAAAUCCAGAUUUUAUUUUCGACAUAAACAAAACGGCAACCGUGGAUUCGUGCCUUUCAGUCAUUGCGCAAACUUUUAUGGAUGCUUGUUCGACGACGGAACAUCGUUUGGGAAAAGAUUCACCAUCUAAUAAACUUCUUUUUGCUAAGGAUAUACCGCAGUAUCGCGACAUGGUGACACGUUUUUAUUCAAACAUUCGUACAUCCCCUCAAAUAACGGAUCAGGAAAUGAGUACGGUCAUGCAACAACUAUCGACGUCACAAACUGAAGAAUUCGAUAUAAUAGCAGCUUUAAAAGAAUUAUACAUUUACGUGAGUCGAUACAACGGUCAAAUAAUUCAAGCUUUAGAAACGGAUCCGAUUUGCAAAAAGAUGCAUUUGGCCCACAAAUUAGAAAAUGUCGCUUGCACUUUAGAAGGAGAAGAGACGUCAACUUGCUGA